AUGGAUUUUCAUAGCAUGAAAAGGGAAGAACUUCAAGCGCUAUGCAAGAAGCACAAAAUUCCUGCAAAUUUAACCAAUUUGGAGAUGGCUAACAAGCUUUCCUCUCUUCUUGAGGAGAAAGAAAAACCCAAUAGACGAGGUCAGUCUUGCUUGAACUUGAAGAAUAAGGGUGAAAUAGUGAGUGAAAAUGAUUCCAAUGGUAUAACUAGGCAAUUCAAGAAGGUUAGGUUAAGUCCUGAGAAUGAAAUGGUUGAUUUUGUGGAUUUGGAGGCUGAGCCUGUGGAGAUGAAGAGGGUGGAGAACCCAUCUGAUAAUUCAGCCCCUGACUGUGCUGCUGUGGAAGAAAUUGGAGUGCCAACAAGGAGAUCUUUGAGGAAUCGAGAGGUACUUGGCACUCUAAUUUCUGAUAGAAUAGAUAGAACUGCUAAUAAUACUGGAAAGAAUAUGCCAUGGAAGAGGAGAAGAGACCCAAUUCUUGAAGAGACUCUGGUGACUGAGGGUGCUUCCUUUUUUGAAGAACCUCCCACAUGGUCUAAACAUAAUGCCGAAACUACAGAUUUUGAAGAAGUCAAAGCUCUCAAAAUGGCGAAUUCAGUGGAGAUUCUAGCUACCAAGUCUGUGAAGUUUCAAAAUGAUAACGUAGAGAAAGAAACUUUGUUUUCUGUUAGUGGAUCUGAGGUUGACAAAGAGAAUCCCCUUCAAGAUGAUAUUAGUAGGGUCAAUGAGGAUGAUUUGGCACUACACUCCAGCAAAAGUACAGAAUUUGAGUCCAAUAAUUUGUUUGAGCCUGAGGAAGACUUGAAAGUGUCUAUGGAUCCGGGUGUCCCUCAAGCCACAUCAGGAGACGAAUGA